AUGAAGUUCGGGGAGCAGUUUGACAGGGAAUCUGUCCCCCAAUGGCGAAUCCAUAACAUUGACUACAGUUCGCUAAAACAUUACAUCAAGGCGCACACCACCAGGUCCCAGGGCACCGCGAUUGCCAUUCCAGGCCACCAAGGCGCCGCACUCUCAAAGUUUGAAGACGACCUCUACAACGAGCUUUGCCGACAACAUGAUCGUGUCGACCUGUUUGUAUCAAGCAAGGCGGAUGAGAUAGCGCGCCGUCUUCAACACUUAUCCAAUCAAAUACACGCCCUGAUUGUUCGAUGCGCCGCCUCUACGAGAGCACGCACUUCGUCCAAAAGACAACGCCGAUUCGCAAAAUACGAAGAAGAACUACUAGAAUGCGGUGACGAGAUCCACGCCCUCCAGCGCUUUGUUAGCGCGCAAAACGUUGCCUUUCGCAAGAUUCUAAAGAAGUACCGGAAAUGGACGGGCUCGGCCACCCUCGGCUCGCGGUUCAGGGAAACCAUCCUGGCGAACCCCAAGAGCUUCACCAAGCGCGACUUCUCUCCGCUUCAAUCACAAUACGACAACCUACUACAGACGAUACGCGCUGCAUCGCCUAGAGAUUCGAGUCGCAGUGGCAGUUCCUCUCCGCCCACCCAGCCCGCCACGCCAACCCGCCCGGCCCGCGCUGGGGAACAACGACGCGUGACCAUUGUUCCCGAGGAUGGUGCCCCGACAGGCUACUGGAAUGAAUAUGACCACGGCAGUGAAGCCGGCGACGACCGUUGCGAUGAAUAUGCCAUCUAUGUCAAUCCGGAUCAAGAGAUGAGUUUCCCCGGUGUAAGCAGCAUAAUAAACUGGAUCUCGUCGCCGAUGAAGAAAAUGAUGGGGCGUAGUCAAGAGCCGACACCGGACACACGCACAAACGAAAGUACAGAACAGCAGCCUCUACUAGGAUCCUCGCGAAACCAGUCGACCGACCGCUACGGUGCUACUCUCGCGCCGCCAAGUUAUUUCACAUACCCUCCCGGCGUUGCCUACCCCGACACCGACAUCGACGAGGACAACGUCAGCGAUCGCUUCACAAACUCGCCUCCACACAGCUUCCGCCGCGGUCGUGGGCGCGCCGAGAGACGAGGCUCUUACGGCUAUGCAUCCUCUGAAGAGUUUCCCGAGUCUGGUUACCGAAGCCUAGAACAACAGCGGAUUGCACAUCAUCGUGAUGAAAUGUUGUUCUGGGGCACUUGGGGUUGCUACCUGGUCGCGUUUGUGCUGAUGGGUAUUGCGACAAUGUUGAUCAUGACAGGCCGGCAUAAGAUGAGAUUGGAGGUAGAUGCUGGUGUGACAGUUGGCAUCGUUACCUCGCUGGGUACGGCAGUCGCUGCGUUGUGCUUGUGGAAUUCGAGGCACGAGUCUCAGACACCUUCGAUGGUAGGAGAGAUUGCGGUGUGGGUGACAUUUAUAGUGGCGUGCGUCGGCAACGCGAUAUUGUUGGUCUUGAUGGUGGGAAAGGCGCCCUGA